AGGUAGGUACUGGAGCUCGCGACACGAGGAAGUUGUUUUAUGCUAACGUUGGUGUGAUUUUCUGUAGUUUUCAGUAAGUUAACAAGUUUAAGGAUUCUUCUGAUUUGAGCAUCAUGAGUGUGGGUUUUAUUGGAGCGGGCCAGCUGGCUCAUGCUCUGGUUCGAGGCUUCUCAGUUGCAGGCGUGAUUGCCACCCACAGAAUCACAGCCAGUUCUCCAGACACAGACCAAACCACAGUGCAGCAGCUGAGGAAAUUGGGAGUGAAUUUCACCACCAGCAACAAGGAGACGGUGAGCAAAAGCGAUGUCCUGUUCCUGGCUGUGAAGCCCCACAUCAUUCCCUUUGUACUCGAUGAGAUUGGACCAGACAUUGAGGACCGUCACCUGAUUGUCUCUUGUGCUGCAGGUGUCACUAUCAGCUCCAUAGAGAAGAAGCUGCAGCAAUAUCGAACUUCUCCAAAGGUGAUGCGUUGCAUGACCAACACGCCUGUGGUGGUGCGUGAAGGAGCCACUGUCUAUGCCACGGGCACGCAUGCAGAGGUGGAGGACGGAAAGCUACUGGAACAGCUAAUGGGAAGCGUCGGCUACUGCACUGAAGUGGAGGAGGAUCUAAUUGAUGCUGUCACAGGCCUGAGUGGCAGUGGCCCAGCUUAUGCAUUCUUAGCUGUUGAUGCUCUCGCUGAUGGUGGAGUGAAAAUGGGCCUGCCCAGGAGGCUCGCUGUUCACCUCGGAGCUCAGGCCCUGCUGGGUGCCGCUCGAAUGUUGCUGGACUCUGCGCAACACCCUGGGCAGCUCAAAGACAACGUGUGCUCACCGGGGGGCGCCACCAUCCACGCCCUGCACGUCAUGGAGAGCGGCGGCUUCCGGAGCCUCCUCAUCAACGCUGUGGAGGCCUCCUGCGUAAGAACCAGGGAGCUUCAGUUUUUGGCCGACCAAGAGAAGAUUUCGCCUGCUGCCAUCAAGAAGACCACUCUGGAUAAAGUCCUCCAGCAGCCAGGAGUCACUCCAGAAGCAGUUGGAGUCAGAUCUCAUGGGAUCAGUGUUUUUAACAGCAGCAACCCAAGGACCAAGAAAAACUGAUUUUUUUUUUUUGUCUAAAAAUCUGUGCUGAUGUUGUAUACAUUGAAUAGAAACCACUUUUAACAGCUGGUUGUGUACAUAAACAUAAAUAUAAACAAAAAAAGACUUUAAGAAGAGAAAAUAGAACUUUUUGUUGUGGUAUUGUCCUGAAGAAAAAGUUGCAUGAACAGUUUUUUUUUCUAAUGUAGAAUUUUAAGCUGUCUUAAGGUAACGGUGUGACAUAAAGCAGCAAGCGACUCACUUUGGAUUUGGUAUUCUAGUGCAAAGCUGAUUGUUCUGUGUGUAGAAAUGACACUUCACAAAGAUUUGAUUGUACCAAAAUAUGGUAAGGCUUAUUUUUAAUAAAUGGAU